ACUUUUAAUUGUAACAUAACCUAUAAAAGAAACUUUAAGAACGUUCAACUGUAAUCAUGGCGCCGUCUUCGCGACAGAAUAACUCUCAACAAUAUUACAUAAAGCUGAUUUGUAACAUCCUGUAUUAUUGUGGUUUGGGCAAUUGUUGGUACGAAGACAGAAAAAGUACUAAAUUACACAAAAAACUAUACACAGCCUGGUCUAUUUCUGCUAAUGUCUUUGGAGUCAUUAUUAUUCUGAACGAAGUCUUAGCAAAUAUGCGAACAGAUUUAACACCAAAAGAAAAGAAUGAUCUAAUGCAAUUCACAUUUGGACACCCUACAAUAAGCGCAAAGAUUGUUAUACUGUACAUAAAGAGGGAAGAAAUAAAGGUGUUCUUCAAGAGAAUGUUAGAUGAUACGAGGAACUCGAUAGAAGAUAAUAUAGAGAAGCACGCUGUUAAGAGGGCACUGUUUUAUUGCCUUGUGUUGAUCAGUGUGUUGGCUCUGGCCCUGUUUUUAACGGUAGUCGAUGCAGUGAGAGCAUAUUUAGUACAAGGUAUACCAAUAAGAACAGAAGUGAUAUUUUACCCAACAGCAUCAGACACAGGCAUAUUUGUGAAUAUUCUACGCGUGUUCGUUGAAAUACAUUUCUGGCUGUUCAUCAUAAUUAUGACGUCAGUCGACUGUCUGUCCCUCUGCUCUUUAGUCUUCCUUGGCUUUAAGUUCAGAGGCGUCAGGAUUUACUUUGAGAAACUUGGAGAAAAAUUCAAUAAGCCCACAUUUGUUAGUGAGGAGUUUGAAAGAGAUUUCAUAGUUGGUGUUCAGUUACAUGAAGACGCUUUGUGGUGUGCCCGUAACGUUCAAAAAUCAAUGGGAUAUAUUUAUAGUGUCCAAAUUGUUGAAAGCAUUACCCUAUUAGUUAUUUCUCUAUUGCGAUUAGUUGGUGCUGGCCAUGCUAAUCCAACGCUGUUUUUUGUUGGAAUGACAGCUACCAUUUGCUUGGUGAUAUUGACAGGAUCUUAUAUGAUGGACGCUGCUGAUGUUACUCACGAGGCUUUACAAAUAUCAACUGCAAUUUUCCACUGCGGUUGGGAGAACGUCAAGGUCGGGCCUGGUCUGCGCACAACAAUCGUGCUGGCUCUGCAGCGGAGCCAGGAUCCCGUGUACCUGACUGCUUUUGGAGUUAUCAAGCUUUCGUAUGCUAGUUUUAUUUCGAUUCUCCGAUCGUCGUAUUCAUUCUUUGCGGUUAUGUAUUAGUAAUUGGGGUUUAUUUCGAAAAAACUUGAUGUAUCUACACGAUAUAAUAAUAUUAAUAUUUGACAUAAAAAGGAUACGCUACUUAUCUAUACUAAUAUAAUAAAACUGAAGAGUUUGUUUGUUUAUACUUUAUACAUUAGAUCUUUGCACAGUUAGUUCAUAAAUAAAAAGGAUUGUUUGCGGUUUCAAUUAAAUACAGCCUAUUUAUGUAAAUAACAGUGUAUACCUACUUACUUUUACCUUAAUUAAGUUUGUUUUUAAUUUCUUCUGGAUAGUAAUUUCAGUCUCUGAAUUAUUAAGUCAUAAAUAAAAUUAAACUCUAUAAUUGAUAUAUUGGCGCGUAAACUACAGGAUUUUCCCGUUUGUAUGUUUUUAAAAGCGUUGCCUCUGAUUUAUGUUAACUGCUCUGUGUUUACUCUAAUUGUGAAUUAUGAUACGAGUGUUUUUUUAUUAAAAUGUUAGUUAUGAGAAGAACUGCAUGAAA